AUGAAGACUCCUCUUGCCGUGCUCGUCCUAGCCCUGUGUGUGGAGAGUGCUUUCCCUUUGACCUGUUUCACAUGCAAAGAUGCAACUUCCAACCUUCACUGCCUCAGUAUAACCACGUGCUCUGACCAUGAGAAGUACUGUCUCACAACCUACUCUACCAUGGGGUAUGGCAGUGACCGUAACCAGCGCAUCACCAAGAAAUGUUCAGCCUUCUGCCCAACCAUCGACCUGAACCUCGGUGUGGCUGGCAUUGCCACCAACUGCUGUGAGACUUCCUUGUGCAACAUCAGUGGUGCCAGCCACGUGAAGACCAGCUACACCCUGAUAGCUCUGGGCACCUUGGCCAGCCUUGCCUGCAUCUUCCACCUGGGGUUUUAA